AUGAUGAAAGGUGAAGAAUCUGUUGCUGAAAGAUCGGAACUAGAUUUCUUAAAGAAUAGAACUGGUGAAGUGGAAGUGGUUCUAUCACUUCAUAAAGAAAUAAGCAAAGAUGAAUUAAAUAUCAUCGAUAUGUUAUUGGAGAAGCCUACGAAAAAAGCUACACUUUUCUUUUGCGAAUUAAUUGAAAAUAAUAAAGAGAAAGACUAUAGAGUUGAAAUCAUCAGGGAAAGUGAAAUGUCAUACGAAAUCAAUGAAUCAAAAGAGCCGCUUCUAUCAGAGCAGAAAGUUACUGUCACAGAAAAUGGUUUGCUUGAAGAAGCAAAUAUGUUGGAGAUAUCACCUGUCAAAGAAAAAAUAAAGCGAAGGGAAACAUUUAUAAAAAGCGCUGAAAUAAACAAGAUUCCACAACCAGAAAAAUUAAAAGUUGAGAGAGAUAUACUAAGCAUGAUCCGAGACGAGGAUCUCAUUGAACAAGAGAAAAAACCAUCUACGCUGUCGCAAACAAUAAGAGUUCACGACAUAUGUGGCUUACCUGUUGAGCAACAUUUCCAUGUAGAGAAUUAUCGAGAAAUGUAUGAGGACACUCCCCAUAAAGCUCCGUAUGACGAGGAAGGAAAACCGAUGCUGAGUAAACUAACUUAUAAAGUUAAUAGAGAAUUAAUGGCCAAUUUGGAGCUAGUUUCGAGAAAAGUAGAAAGAGUCAAAGAACUCAUACCGGUGGAAGCUUUUGAGAAAAAGUCAAAAAAUGACGAUACUAACUUUGAUGUUGUAAUACAAUUAGAAAUGAAAGAAGUGGCAUCGACAAAAAUCGGCGAGCCACACGAGGUCAAGAUUGAAUUACUUGAAACAGACGACUUCGAUGACGGUGAGGGUUGGAAGAUUAGGAAAGCAAUGAGUAAGCAAAUUACAAAUACUAUCGAUGUAACCAAAAAUGAUAUAUAUCUAGAUGAUGGAACCAAAGAAACGAUAGAAAAUACAACUGCCGGAAGUAUUUUAGAUGAAGCAGAAACAUUUGUCAAAAGAGAUGAUUUCGGAAAUAUGUGUCUGUCAAAAAAUCAGUUCUUCAUUGAAACAUCACAAAAGCAAAUAAUGCUUUUUCCGAAGGUAGAGAUCUGCUGUCAUAAGGGACAAUGA